AUUUCUCAGAGGGAACCUGAACAUUGCUUGUGAAGGUUCUUUUCUCAUCGCCGACCCAGGACAUUUCCCCUUCCUGCCCUACAUCGACUGCACAUCGACUGCAGCUGGUCUGCGGUAUAGGACAUUAAACUGCUCAGUCAAACCAGAGCCUGAUCCACCAGCCAGAAGCCAUGCUGCUCUUGUCGACCCUCGCCCUAUUGGUGAGCCCCACCUGCUGGGCACUAAUUGACAAUUCCUUCAGCACCGCUAUGUGCAGUGAGACGCAUAUCACGGCCAUUCGGGUGGCUGUGAGUUACACUGGCAACAUUGUAAGUCUCCAGGUAAAACUGGGAAAAUACUGGGGUGCUGUCCAUGGCCAUAAAGGAGGGACUGUCACGGAAUUCAACCUGGACGAUGAUGAAUACUUCACUGAGGUCCAUGGCUCCAGGAAAGCCAACUUGCGGUCCUUGAUCCUGUGCACCAGCAAGAAUCGCUGUGCCGCGUUUGGGAAGAAUGAUGGCCAGCAAUUCUUUGCCUUCCCCCCAGAGGCAAGCCAGGUGCUCAAAGGCAUCAGUGGUGUAGUCGGGCCCAUUGGCUUACAGAAGCUUGACUGGAAAUGGGGUGAUAUACAAACUAAACCAACCACCGCACCAGUUAACCCAGCCACUGCACAGACAAAAAAAUGAUCUGGCUGGGUCCUCAGGCUGGGCCACAGGCAUGCUCACUGAGGCUGUCUGGGUAGGGAUGUGCUGACAAUGCUGGGGUGACCAAGUUGGGAUUCUGAAUCCACCAAUAAUUAAAGCUUCU